AUGACGUUCAUACCAGGAAGACAAAUUUUAGACGGUGUCUUGGUUACUAACGAAAUUAUUGACUAUGCUAAGAGAAAUAAGAAGGAGUGCCUAAUUUGUAAAGUGGAUUUUGCUCAAGCAUAUGAUUGUGUGUAUUGGAAUUUUGUGAAAUUCAUGUUAAAAAGUAUGGGAUUUGGUGAUAGAUGGAUGAAGUGGGUAGAUUUUGUUGUGUUCACAAGCUCCAUGGCUAUAUUGGUAAACGGUAGUCCAACAGAAGAAUUUCAAGUCUCGAGGGGAUUAAGACAGGGAGAUCCACUAUCUCCUUUUUUAUUCAAAAUAGUGGCAGAAGGCUUAGCGGGGAUGGUGAGGCAAGCAUCAUUGGAAGGGUGCUCUUCUCUUUUCAUGCAGGCUGCAGCUUCUUUCUUAGGCUACAAGGUUGAUAUCCUUCCUUUUAAAUUCCUCGGUUUCACUGUGGGAGGUAAUCAAAGAACUUUGAACUUCUGGAAACCGGUUAUCUGUUCAUUGAAAGAGAAAUUAGCAUUAUGGAAAGGAAAACUUCUCUCUAUAGGGGGUAGAGUCACACUUCUGAAUAAUGUGUUGUCCAAUAUCCCGUGCUAUCAGCUGUCGUUUUAUAAGCUACCUCUGAAAGCUGAAAAAGAAAUAAGGGCAAUACAAAUAAAGUUUUUGUGGCAAGGUGUUACGGAUAAGUGUGGCGUGGCUUGGGUUAAAUGGGACAUAUGGGUUUGGAGAUUUUUGGUGGAGGAGGAUUCUAUAUGGAAUGGUGUCAUGAAGCAUAGGUAUGGAGAAUUGAGAUCAAGAUUGUGGAAUUGUGAUGCUGGAAGCUAUGGCGUAAAAGACUCACUUUGGUGGAGAGACUUAAUUGUCCUGUGUGCUAACCCUCAUGGUAUUAUUCACAAUAUUAGAGUCAAGAUUGGUAAUGGAAGUGUGGCUAUAUUUUGGUCCUCUUGCUGGCUGGGAAAUGCUUGUUUGGUUGUCCUUUAUCCAAGCCUGUACCAGGAAACGACUUUCAAAGAAGAUACAAUGAAAAACAUGGGGUACUGGCGUGGAGAAUCUUGGUGCUGGAAUGUUAUCAAAGCGGAAGAGGUGCUUGGCUUGGAGGCGACAGCAGAAUUGGAAGAAUUGCAGGAUUUGUUGAUGGAUAAUACUCUGAAUUUUAAUUGUGAAGAUGUUAUCAUUUGGCCGUUUGACGCGUCAAAGUGCUUUACGGUUCGAUCUUGUUAUAAACUUCUAAUGCAGGCACAUGGCAAUGCAGAAUUGGAGAUUAGUAGCGGUCAAGGGCUGAAGGCAAUUUGGGAGGCCCAGCCAAAUUUUGAUGGGCAUAAAUUCGUUGUCGGGCAAAAUACCAACCAAAAGGACGACAACCAUAUGGUUGACGAUUUGGUGGUGUAUUUGGAAGAUGAGAAACGACAUGAUAUUCAAUAA